AUGAAAGAGGGUAAAAGGAGAGAAGAGGUAGAGAGAAGACGCCGGCAGAUGAAAUAUGGUAUCAAUCCAAAGCUGCAACAACAGCCAGUACCUGUGAACCCAUCCAUUCACCAUGCACCUUCGUCAUACUCACUGGAUUCAAGUUAUCAAAAACAAUCACAACUGCCACAGCAGAGAACCAUGAUGUCUGGUUACGAACACGGAGCAGGACCUGGGCUACAAAGAUCUCAACCAAGGGUACCGAGCUAUGAACAGCCACCUGCACCUUCCAGGGUGAUGGCUCAAAUGCCUGCCCAUAAUGGUAGUUCCGCCAGUAUGUCAACUUAUGCUCCACCACAACAGGUUUACUAUCAAAGUCAAACUGCAGGUCAUCCAGUAGCAACAGUACCGCAUUCUUCACCACAAAAUAUCUCAAUAAGGGCCCCAAACCCUCCACCACCACGCUCUAUGCAGUCUUCAUCGGCACCUCAAGUACAGUAUCGCAAAAAUCAGCCACUGGCCGCAUCUAGCGCAGGUUCUAUAGCAUCACAAGAGUCCCAACAAGAACAACAAGAUAACUUAAUCGCAACCGAGCUUUUCAACAACCAUGACUUGAAAAACAUGGGCAGACUCACGGCAGACGAACUGCAUAAUUUGUUACAGAAUGAUGAUGGGUCGAAAUUUUGUACAAGUUCAAUUGAAUCACUAAUAAACUUGUUUGGUGGCUCUAGAUUUGGUACUGUCAACUUAAAUGAAUUCAUUUCGUUAUACAAGAGAGUUAAAAAAUGGAGAAAAUGUUUUGUAGAUAACGAUAUCAACGGCUCAUUUACGCUAACGAUGGCUGAGUUUCAUAAAGCUGUCCAAUCGUUGGGAUAUCUAAUUCCUUUUGAAGUUAGUGAGAAAUUGUUUGAAUGCUAUGCGGAAUACUUUGACCAGCAAAGGCUAAACAAAGAAAUGAAGUUUGAUAGAUUUGUUGAAACGUUAGUAUGGUUAAUGCGACUAACCAAAGUUUUCCGUAAGUAUGACUUGCAACAAGAAGGGACUGCAACCAUUGCAUACAAAGAUUUCAUAGAUCUAACUUUGUACUUAGGCAAAUUCUUGCCACAUUAA